AUGGAACAUGAUAUCACGGCACUCCCACCAACCACAGUGGAAAAUUACUGCAAAACCCCAGAGGCCAUGAAGACCCCUCACCUGGCCUCCGCUAUGUUGUUGUUUAUCACCUUCCUGGUGGGUGUGCUGGGGAACUGGCUGUACCUGUGGGUGUUGGGGUUGAAGAUGAGAAGGACGGUGACCGCCUUCUGGUUCCUCCACCUGGUCUCCUGCUACCUCCUCUUCACCCGGCUGAUCCCCUUCUUUGCCAUCUACCUCCUCCUGGAUUUCCACUGGGUCUUCGGCACGACGACAUGCAAGCUUCUCAAUGCCUGCAUCUCCAUGGGCAUGUUCUCCUUCAUCUUCCUUCUCACCCUGAUCAGUCUGGACUGCUACACCCUCACUCACCAUCACAUUGGGUCCCGGAAUCGCCGCACCAUGCCCCGGGCUGGGAAGCUGGUCGUGGGUGUGGGGCUGGCCUCACUUGGUCUCAGUGCUCCCUACCUGGCUUUCUGGGAGACUCACGUAGUGGAUGGGGGCAGGAUUGCCUGCAUCAAUAAUUAUGAUGUGACCAGAGAUUGGAAUGGAGCCAAGACGCAGGACCUGUGGAGAUGGCUCAUCCUUGGCCAACGUCACCCAGCCAGAGCCUUCCAGUUCUUUGGUGCCCUGCCCUGUCAGAGGGCCUGA